GGGCCGCCGGGAGCGCACCGGGAGAGCACCGGGAGCGCGGCGGAGCGAGCGGCGGCCCCGCCGAGCCGAGCCGGGCCGGAGCGGGCGGGAGCGGGGCUCCCGUCAGCCACGAGAGCCAGGAUGAACGUGGGAACGGCGCACAGCGAGGUGAACCCCAACACGCGGGUGAUGAACAGCCGCGGCAUCUGGCUGUCCUACGUGCUGGGCAUCGGGCUGCUGCACGUCGUGCUGCUCAGCAUCCCCUUCUUCAGCGUCCCCGUGGUCUGGACUCUCACCAACAUCAUCCACAACCUGAGCAUGUACAUCUUCCUGCACACCGUGAAGGGAACUCCCUUCGAGACCCCGGACCAGGGCAAGGCCCGGCUGCUCACGCACUGGGAGCAGAUGGAUUAUGGAGUCCAGUUCACCGCUUCCCGCAAGUUCCUCACCAUCAUGCCCAUCGUCCUGUAUUUUCUAACCAGCUUUUACACCAAGUACGACCGGAUACACUUCAUCAUCAACACCAUCUCCCUCAUGAGCGUCCUGAUCCCCAAACUGCCUCAGUUCCACGGAGUCCGGAUCUUUGGGAUCAACAAGUACUGAGCGGCGUGGCCGGAGCGGACGGCGGGGGAGCGGGGCAGAGGGGGGGGAUUCCUUCUCUCCAGCCCCGUUUCCUCCCCGCACACAGACUGGGAUGUGGUUUCGGCUGUUUAAACGCAGAUCCCAACAGACACAUUCCGCAUGCUGGAUCCUCGCGCCCGAUUAAUCCAAACCGGCUCCAGAGUAGGGUUUAGCGCGGAGCAGGACGUGCGACACCGGAUUUCUCUUAUCCCAGGGUCAUCAAUAGAUGCAAAACCACUGAGACUUUGAGGUACAACAAGGAUGGAUUCUGGGAAGAGUCUCAUCUAUUCCAGACAUGGAAUGACGAGGAUAGGGAUGAGGGGAAAAGCUUUUAGUGCUGGUACUAUUGCUGUGGUAAAUGCACUUUAAAAUACAUUUCCCUUCCUGAAGCUGGGUGCUUUGAGCAGAACGUGAGGGAAAUCCAAAGGGAUACGGCCAGACUUUCCCAGGACUGGAUUGUUUUGGGGUCUGAUUUCCAGUUUUAGGUGGGAAGUGGGAGGGGGAAGCGAACAAGAGAUUUUUAUUUGGCAAUCGUUGACACCACUGAGAAGGGAAGUUCUUUUCCUAAAAACAGCACAGGAAGGAAUGACCUGCAGUUUGACAAAGCUUUUGGUUUCCCACAGCACCAUCAGUGUGGUCCAGGGAAGAGGUGGAUAGAUCUUAAAUAAUGCUUAUUAUUUUCAGUUUAUACCCAAAUCUGCCCAGGUAGCUCCUCUCCCCACCCCAAACUGCUGUUUUUAAGUGCACAGGGGCUCAGUGGGUAUUUGGAUCAAGGGCUGGGGGCAGGUGAUUUAACGCUGUGGAGCUCCUUGGAACAUGGACAUGGACAGUGUGGGAGAGGCUGACAAUGGGCAGGUACAGGAGGAGGGCUGAUUGCUCUAAUCAGGCAUGCAGCCAUCCUUGACUCGGAAUUUUUCUCCUCACUUCAGCGCCUUGGUUGCUUAGGUGCAUGUGGCUGGGAUUUGCCAGUUCCCCAUGGACUCAAGGGCUGGAUUUCUGGCUUACCUGGAAAUCUGUCCCUCAGCUCCACGCCCAAGGGCUGCGUGAGCAGCAGCACCAGCAGCAGAUGAAUUGACCAGCAGAAAGAGUCAGUUGGUCAUUGAUAAUAGAUCCUUUCACGGAGGAACAAAAUCAAGCCUUUUUCCUCUAAAGUUACCGCCUAAAUAAAGCAGGCUUAGGCUUCCUGUCUGAGACAGCUUUUACUGUUUUACUGAAAAUCAGAAUGACCUGAUUUUCCUUUGGGUUGUGUCCCAGAUGGAAUGGGUUCUCCCUCACUCUUCCCCGUAAUCCCAAAAAAACCUGUAUUUUUGUUGUCUUAAUGCUUA